GCAAUUGAGAGGAACGAAUACCUCAACUCAAAGGCUGGCCGUGCAGAGUUUGCCGAGGAGGAGUAAGGAGCUGGAUUGCGGAAGUUGGACGUGCGAUAGACGAUGCGGAAUAAAUAGGAUUUGGACGUGGCGGAAAGCGUUGUGACAAUAGGAGGUCUGUUACGAAUAUGUUCGCAUACAUGUGCACUAUAUCUGCUCAAGACUCAAUACCUCGGCAUUAUAUUUCCUAUGUCCUCCACCACCUGGUGCAUUGUUUUCAGAGCUCAGAUACGCAUGUGCGUUUUCGGAGCUGGACUUCCACAUCAACUCCAUCCGCCAUCUACAUCCAGGCAGACACCCAGAGGGACUCGGACUCCUCUAUAUCUGGACUUACGACAGGAGAAUGCUUCAUCUCUAACCAGGCAGACCGGCACGUACCUUAGCAAUCAUAUCUUCCUACUCCAGUACCUACUCCCCUCAUUACGUACCAGCUCUAUUUUUGAUCUAUAUGUCAUACGAAGCCUUCAUAUCAACCUUCUCCAAACUGUCCACCUCCUCAUUCGUCUAAUUCCCCAUUCACCUGGGCAACAUAAACAACGCCAGCAUCUCCGCCGGAGCACCAACAUGUCCCAAUCCCUCAACACAGAUCGAGUGCAAGACUCCAACCAGAACAUUGGAUCCACCAUUGAUGAAAAACAGGAAGCUGGUCAAUGGAAAGCUGGAACGAGAGCAUGAGUCGAUGAGCGAAAAUGUGGAACACGUAUUGCAAUAAUACUUGAGCUAA